CCGCGUCUUUGCGACGAACGACGAUGAGCUACCCACCUCCGCCUCCAGGCUUCAUGCCUCCCCCGGGAUUUGCGCCCGCGCCUCCUCCUGGGAUGCCCCCAGGAAACCAGGCUUCUGGCUCCAAGCUUUCGCCAGAAGCUGUGGCUCACAAGUCACAAAAAUGGAUCCAGAUGCAGAGGAAGCGGUAUGGAGAGAAGAGGAAGGGUGGUUACGUUGACAUGGGCAAGCAGGAUCUGCCCCCGGAGCACGUCCGUAAAAUCAUCAAGGACCAUGGAGACAUGAGCAACCGCAAGUUCCGGAACGACAAACGCGUCCACCUCGGUGCGCUCAAGUAUGUCCCGCACGCGGUGAUGAAGCUACUCGAGAACAUUCCUUAUCCUUGGGAGCAGGUCCGCGAGGUUCCGGUGCUUUACCACAUCACGGGUGCUAUCACGUUCGUGAACGAAAUUCCUCGCGUCAUUGAGCCGGUCUAUCAUGCGCAAUGGAGUACGAUGUGGAUGGCAAUGAGGAGAGAAAAACGUGACCGAAGGCAUUUCAAGCGGAUGAGGUUCCCGCCUUUUGACGACGAGGAGCCGCCGUUGGACUAUGGGGACAAUGUGCUAGAUGUUGAACCGCUCGAGGCUAUCCAAUUCGAGCUGGACCCUCAGGAGGACGAGGCGAUCAUCGACUGGUUCUACGACCCCAAGCCCCUCGUGGACACGCCGUCAGUGAACGGGUCCUCGUACAAGUUCUGGUCUUUGUCUCUCCCGGUCAUGGCCAACUUAUACCGGAUGGGACGGACGCUGUUGUCGGAUCAGCCCGACAAGAAUGCGUCCUAUCUGUUCGACAAGAAAGCAUUCUUCUCUGCCAAGGCAUUGAACAUGGCCAUCCCCGGCGGACCCAAAUUUGAGCCGUUGUACCGAGACAUGGACACCUUUGACGACGACUGGAACGAGUUCAAUGAUAUCAACAAAGUCAUCAUCCGUCAGCAGAUUCGCACGGAAUACAAAGUCGCCUUCCCUCAUCUUUACAACUCGCUCCCACGCUCAGUUCAUAUUGCUCCGUAUCACGUACCCAAGAGCGUUUACAUUCGCACGGAUGACCCCGACCUUCCAGCCUUCUACUUCGAUCCGCUCAUCAAUCCCAUUUCCCUGCGGGGCCACAUGUCGAAGAAUGCCCCUCUCGUGUCUCAUGAGGAUACGAUCUUUGGGCCCAACGGCGCGGAUGAUGACACGUUCCAGUUGCCUGAAGAUGCAGAGCCCUUCUUGGCCGACAAGGACUUGGAGACCGAGCUCACGGCAGACGGUAUCGCUCUUUGGUGGGCGCCCGAGCCGUACAACCGUCGUUCUGGGCGCAUGCGUCGUGCGCAGGAUAUUCCCCUCGUGAAGAACUGGUACCUUGAGCACUGUCCACCCAACCAGCCGGUCAAAGUGCGCGUGUCGUACCAAAAGCUGCUGAAGACAUACGUGCUGAAUGAGUUGCACACCCGACCCGAGAAGGCAAUGACGAAGAAGAACUUGUUCCGUCAGCUCAAGAGCACCAAGUUCUUCCAGACCACUAAGCUCGAUUGGGUUGAGGCUGGGUUGCAGGUCUGCCGACAAGGUUACAACAUGCUGAAUCUUUUGAUCCACCGGAAGAACUUGAACUACCUGCACUUGGACUACAACAUGAACCUGAAACCCGUCAAGACGCUGACCACCAAGGAGCGUAAGAAGUCUCGAUUCGGAAACGCGUUCCACUUGUGUCGUGAAAUCCUGCGAUUGACAAAGCUCGUUGUCGAUGCUCACGUGCAAUUCCGACUUGGGAACGUUGAUGCGUUCCAGCUUGCAGACGCGUUGCAAUACAUCUUUGCUCAUAUUGGCGCCCUGACAGGAAUGUACCGAUACAAGUACAAGCUCAUGCGACAGGUUCGGAUGACCAAGGAUCUGAAGCACUUGAUCUAUUAUCGGUUCAACACGGGGCCUGUCGGAAAGGGACCGGGCUGCGGGUUCUGGGCCCCGGGCUGGCGAGUUUGGUUGUUCUUCAUGCGUGGGAUCGUGCCGCUUCUGGAGCGAUGGCUCGGGAACUUGCUUGCUCGACAGUUCGAAGGUCGUAACAGCAAGGGUGUGGCCAAAACAGUGACGAAGCAGCGAGUGGAAUCGCAAUACGACUUGGAGUUACGUGCUGCUGUGAUGCACGAUAUCAUGGACAUGAUGCCCGAGUCGAUCAAGCAGAACAAGACAAAGACGAUCCUCCAGCAUUUGUCCGAGGCAUGGCGAUGCUGGAAAGCCAACAUCCCGUGGAAGGUGCCGGGAAUGCCUACUGCUAUCGAGAAUAUCAUCCUGCGCUACAUCAAGAGCAAAGCAGAUUGGUGGUGCUCUGUCGCCCACUACAACCGAGAGCGCAUCCGUCGUGGCGCCACUGUCGACAAGGCCGUUGUGAAAAAGAACUUGGGUCGGCUGACCCGGCUGUAUCUCAAAGCAGAGCAAGAGCGGCAGCACGGUUAUCUCAAGGAUGGACCGUAUAUUAGUGCCGAAGAAGCGGUCGCGAUCUACACCGCCACUGUCCACUGGCUCGAAAGUCGCAAGUUUGCACCCAUCCCUUUCCCGCCACUGUCGUACAAACACGACACGAAGCUGCUCGUGUUGGCGCUGGAAAAGCUUAAGGAGGCCUAUUCAGUGAAGGGCCGUCUCAAUCAGUCGCAGCGUGAAGAACUUGCCUUGAUUGAACAGGCAUAUGACAACCCUCACGAGUGCUUGUCCCGUAUCAAACGUCUUUUGUUGACCCAGCGUGCCUUCAAGGAGGCCGGAAUCGAGUUCUUUGAUACUUACGACAAGCUCAUCCCCUGUUACGAUAUCGAGCCCGUCGAAAAGAUCACUGACGCCUAUCUCGAUCAGUUCUUGUUCUUCGAAGCUGACAAACGUGGACUGUUCCCCGCUUGGAUCAAACCGGCUGACACAGAGCCACCUCCGUUGUUGGUCUACAAAUGGUGCCAGGGAAUCAACAAUUUGACCGACAUCUGGGAGACGAGCGAGGGCGAAUGCAAUGUUCUGAUGGAAACGGUGCUGUCCAAGGUGUAUGAGAAGAUUGAUCUGACGCUGCUCAACCGACUUUUGCGGCUCAUUCUGGACCACAAUUUGGCGGACUACAUCACUGCAAAGAACAACACUGUGCUCACAUACAAGGACAUGGCACACACCAAUGCCUUCGGCCUGAUUCGUGGACUGCAGUUCUCUGCCUUCGUCUUCCAGUACUACGGCUUGGUGCUAGAUCUGCUCAUUCUCGGUCUCAAGCGAGCGAGCGAGAUGGCUGGCCCACCGACGAUGCCCAACAACUUUUUGCAGUACCGGGACUCGGAAACGGAGACGCAUCAUCCCAUUCGAUUGUAUUCCCGAUACGUGGAUCGUUUGCACAUCCUCUUCCGGUUUACAGCAGACGAAUCACGGGACCUGAUCCAACGGUACCUCUCAGCGAACCCAGAUCCGACGAACAACAACGUAAUCGGAUACAACAACAAGAAGUGCUGGCCCAGAGAUUGUCGCAUGCGCUUGAUCAAGCACGAUGUGAACCUCGGUCGUGCUGUGUUCUGGAAUGUCAAGCAGAGUCUGCCAAGAUCCCUGACGACUAUCGAAUGGGAGGAUACAUUCGUCAGCGUCUAUUCGCAGAACAACCCACAACUUUUGUUCUCGAUGUGCGGCUUCGAAAUCCGGAUUUUACCCAAGAUUCGCACCAUCGGCGGAGAACAGUUCUCGCUCAAGGACGCCGUGUGGAACUUGACCAACGAGCAGACCAAGGAACGCACCGCACAAGCGUUCUUACGUGUCUCAGAUGAUGGUGUUCAGGCUUUCAAUAAUCGAAUCCGGCAGGUCCUGAUGAGCUCUGGGUCAACGACGUUCUCCAAAAUUGUCAACAAGUGGAACACUGCCCUGAUAGGACUGAUGACCUAUUACCGCGAGGCUGUGAUUCACACGAAUGAGCUAUUGGACUCGCUCGUCAAGGCUGAGAACAAGAUUCAGACUCGUGUCAAGAUUGGGUUGAACUCGAAGAUGCCGUCCCGUUUCCCGCCCGUGGUGUUCUAUACGCCCAAGGAGCUGGGUGGUCUGGGUAUGCUCUCAAUGGGUCACGUGCUUAUCCCCCAGAGUGAUUUACGAUGGUCAAAGCAAACUGAUGUUGCUGUCACACAUUUCCGCGCCGGAAUGUCGCAUGAGGAGGAUCAACUGAUUCCCAAUCUGUACCGUUACCUGCAGCCGUGGGAGGCCGAAUUCUUAGACUCUGCCCGCGUCUGGUCCGAGUAUUCGAUGAAGCGCAAGGAAGCAAAUGCGCAGAACCGCCGGCUGACUCUGGAGGAUCUCGAAGACAGCUGGGAUCGUGGUAUUCCCCGGAUCAACACACUGUUCCAAAAGGAUCGUCACACCCUGGCGUACGAUCGCGGCUGGCGUGUGCGGACAGAUUGGAAGCAAUACCAACUGCUGAAGCACAAUCCCUUCUGGUGGACAUCUCAGCGACACGACGGAAAGCUGUGGCAGCUCAACAACUACCGCGUGGAUGUGAUCGCCGCACUCGGCGGUGUGGAGGGCAUCCUCGAGCACACUUUGUUCAAGGGGACCUACUUCCCUACUUGGGAGGGUCUUUUCUGGGAGAAAGCGUCUGGUUUCGAAGAAUCGAUGCGAUACAAAAAGCUGACCAAUGCACAACGUUCGGGUCUGAACCAGAUCCCUAAUCGUCGGUUCACGCUGUGGUGGAGCCCGACAAUCAACCGAGCGAAUGUGUAUGUGGGUUUCCAGGUCCAGCUGGAUCUGACGGGUAUCUUCAUGCACGGAAAAAUUCCGACGUUGAAGAUCAGUCUGAUCCAAAUUUUCCGUGCUCAUUUGUGGCAGAAGAUCCACGAAAGUGUGGUCAUGGAUCUAUGUCAGGUGUUCGAUCAGGAGCUUGAGCCGCUACAGAUCGAGACGGUGCAGAAGGAGACGAUCCAUCCUCGAAAGAGUUACAAGAUGAACUCGUCCUGCGCCGAUAUUCUGCUGUUCUCCGCACAAAAGUGGAACAUUUCCCGCCCGUCGUUGGUUACCGACGUCAAGGAUGUCCUCGACGGGACCACGUCCAACAAGUUCUGGAUCGACGUUCAGCUGCGUUGGGGUGACUUUGACACGCACGACAUCGAGCGUUACACCCGAGCCAAAUUCUUGGACUAUGUGUCCGAUUCCAUGAGCAUCUAUCCGUCGCCAACGGGUGUGAUGAUCGGCAUGGAUCUGGCGUACAAUCUGUGGAGCGCUUACGGCAACUGGUUCCCAGGAAUGAAGCCGCUCAUCCAGCAGGCCAUGGCAAAGAUCAUGAAGGCCAACCCGGCAUGUCAUGUGUUGCGCGAGCGGAUCAGGAAAGGUCUGCAGUUGUAUUCGAGUGAGCCUACGGAGCCGUAUCUGAAUAGUCAGAACUACUCGGAGCUGUUCUCUAACCAGAUCAUCUGGUUUGUUGAUGACACUAACGUGUACCGUGUCACAAUUCACAAGACCUUCGAGGGGAACUUGACCACCAAGCCCAUCAACGGUGCCAUCUUCAUCUUCAACCCACGUUCGGGCCAGUUGUUCUUGAAGAUUAUCCACACGAGUGUCUGGGCUGGACAGAAACGACUUGGACAGUUAGCGAAAUGGAAGACUGCUGAAGAAGUGGCUGCACUCGUGCGGUCUCUGCCGGUGGAGGAGCAGCCCAAACAAGUCAUCGUGACUCGGAAGGGCAUGUUAGAUCCGCUUGAGGUGCAUCUGCUGGAUUUCCCGAAUAUCGUCAUCAAGGGCAGUGAACUGCAGUUGCCGUUCCAAGCGUGCAUGAAGAUGGAGAAAUUCGGUGAUCUCAUUUUGAGGGCAACCCAGCCGCAGAUGGUUCUCUUCAGUCUUUAUGAUGACUGGCUCAAGUCCAUCUCGAGCUACACUGCCUUCUCGCGUCUAAUCUUGCUCCUUCGUGGCUUGCAUGUGAACAACGAGAAGGCAAAGAUUAUCCUGCAUCCGGACAAGUCGACGAUAACCGAGCCGCACUUUGUCUGGCCCUCGUUGACAGACGAGGACUGGAUCAAGGUCGAAGUGGCGAUGAAGGAGCUGAUCCUGGCCGACUUUGGAAAGCGGAACAGCGUGAACAUCGCGUCUCUGACGGUCAGCGAAAUCCGGGAUAUCAUCUUGGGCCAGGAGAUUGCCGCCCCCUCCGUUCAGAGGCAGCAGAUGGCCGAGUUGGAGAAGAGCUCUGAGGCGCAGAGUCAAGUGACUGCUGUGCAGACGAUGACCACCAAUGUGCACGGUGAUGCCAUUCAGACGGUAACGACGACCAAUUAUGAGCAAACUGUGUUCAGCAGCAAGUCGGAUUGGCGUGUGCGAGCGAUUUCGGCCACGCACUUGCCUCUUCGACUGCAGCACAUCUACGUCUCCAACGAUGACGUCAAGGACGACGCGGCCUCUUACACUUAUGUUUUGCCCAAGAACAUUUUGCGUGCCUUCAUCACUGCGGCUGAUCUCAGGACGCAAGUGGCUGCCUUUUUGUAUGGCGUGUCUCCUCCGGAUAACCCGCAGGUCAAAGAGAUCAAGGCGAUUGCAUGGGUCCCGCAACGUGGAAGCAACAACAGCGUCGAGCUUCCCUCUCAGCUGCCGAAGGACGAGUUUUUGUUCAAGGACCUGGAGCUUCUCGGCUGGAUCAAGACUCAGGCGCUGGAGAUCAACCAUCUGUCCCCGACGGAUGUCACGACGCAGGCGAAGAUCAUGGCUGAGCACCCUCAGAUGGGCUCCUCCUCGAUCUGUCUCACGGCCUCGUUCACUCCCGGUUCCGUCUCGCUCUCGGCACACUCCCUGACCGUCCCGGGCUUCGAAUGGGGCCGGAAGAACCCGGACAACUCGUCCAAUCCCCCGGGAUUCAAUCCGAACAUGUCUGAGCGCGUGCAGCUGCUCUUGUCCGACCGCAUCCUGGGCAUGACUCUUGUUCCUGAGGGCAACGUGUGGAACUACGGCAUCGGGCUGACUCAGAUGUGGACGCCCAAUAUCCCCUACGCCAUGGUCAUCGACACGCCCCUGCUGUUCUGGGCCGAGGAGCACAGGCCUGCAGCUUUCUUGAGUUUUGCCAACCUGGAGACGGGUGAAGACAGUGCUGAUGUGGAUAACAACUUUGCAUGAUCCCUUGUAUCCUGUAUUUUAUAUCUCUGUAAUUUCUUGCUCGCAGUGAUGAGUACAUUGGACACAAAUGUCGUCCCUGUCACGUGCGCUCAUUUGUCAAUGACGCGUCCACCCAUCAAGCAUUCGUAUUCCGGCGGACUUAACAGACUACAUACCAUUCCUCUCCUGCAACGCUGAUGAGCACUGUGAAACUAUACGUUUACGACCUCUCGAAUGGCCUCGCGAAACAACUGUCCCAACAGCUUACCGGACGCCAGAUCGACGGAAUAUGGCAUACUUCGAUCGUUGUGUUCGGAAAGGAAGUGUGGUACGGGCAGGGAAUCAGUAUUGCUGCGCCGGGAACAAGUCAUCACGGACAGCCGAUGCAGAUUGUCGAUAUCGGAGAGACCGCUAUAGAUGAGGCGACGUGGCAAGAGUACCUAGACGAGAUGAGGGACUAUUACACCGCGGAUAAGUAUCAUCUUCUAGAUUUCAACUGUAAUUCAUUCACCAACGAUUGCGCGGGCUUUCUCACUGGCGAAUCUAUUCCUUCUUUUGUGACAGACUUGCCUACGGACUUUCUGUCAACGCCCUUCGGAGCUGCCCUUCGGCCGACUAUUGAUGCUAUGUACCGACGUCCCGGACCAGCCGCGCCCUUGUCUCCUUCUGGUUCAGUACCGCAACCAGAAGCCAUGUCUCUGCUCCAGGCUGUGGCGGCUCAGGCCCAGCGCCAGCAACAAUCGACUUCCUCAACAGCAGCAGCUCCAGCGCCCACACCAACUCCCCAACCGCGACCGCUCGCCGCGACCGAGAGUCUGGCCGCCCCGCUGCAUCCCGUUAGCAACUCGGCGUCCUUUCGAUCGCUCCUGCAGACACACAAAGCCGUGGUGGCUUUCUUCACCGACUAUCAGGGAUGUGCACCGUGCAGGAUGAUCGCACCUGUCUUCGAGAGUCUUGCGUUGGAGAAAGGCGUGCGAAGUGGCAGUGCGGGGCGGGGCGCCGCCUUUACGAAGAUUGAUCUGAGGGUCGGGAUGGGCGGAAGUUUGGCUGGGGAAUGGGGGGUGAGGGUGACUCCGACGUUCAUGUUCUUUUUGGACGGCAAGAAGAUAUCUGAGCUCAAAGGUGCCGACCAAGCUGAACUAAGGACACAAAUCGAUCUGCUGUUAUUUCAGGCGUAUCCGCCACACCCACACUCAUCUCUCGCCCUCCCUGCUGUCAAAGCGCUAUCGCUCACGCCGAUUUUAUUUACCCAAAGCCCUGCAUUGGAUGCAGUCUUUGCUAAGCUGACUACGCUGAUCGAUGCCUCACCAUCGGCUGCGACUGCUCAAGCCAGAGAAGUUUUGCGCGCUCAAGUGCUACCGUAUCUCAAGGCCCGGUUUGCGGCCGCUGCUUCUGUCAAGCCGACGCAGUUGCCGUCUGCCACCCACACCAUGCUAGUCGCUUGGGCUUCAGCGACCGCUGUGUUUUCCAAUGCGCUGCCGACCGAAUCGCUGUUUCCGCUUGUAGAUAUGUGGCGCUUAGCCGUCCUCGAUCCUGCUGUUUCCAGAUGGCUCGCGGAGACUCCGAAUGCUGGCCCGAUCGGCAUUCUCAUGAGCAAAGCUGAUGAUGCUCUGAGUUUGUCGAUUGAAGAGAAGGGCGCGCGAAAUUAUGUGCUGACGAUUCUUCGACUCUUGACUAAUGCAUUCGGAAACUCUGCGUUGGGACGGCUUCUAUUGGCCGGAGUGGAAAGAUCCGCUGUGAUCAUUAUCGUUCCUGCGUUGCUGCAUGCGGAUGCAGCUGUGCGAACGGCCGCAGCGAGUCUCGCCUUCAAUGUGGCUGCUAGCGCUCAGAGGCAUCGACAAGCGAGCGGGCUGGGUCUCGGUGGUGCAGCGCAGCCGUUGGGUAAGCUGGAUGCAGCAGAUGCAGCAAUGGCAGCCGACGAGGAGUGGCAGGUCGAGCUGACCAGCGCCUUGGUCGAGGCCAUCCAGCGGGAGACUGCAGAAGAAGUCCUCCACCGGCUGGUGGCUGCGCUGGCAUGUUUGCUGAGGUACGGGCCUGUGGAUGGCGAGGUCACUUCCUUGGCCGAGGUGUUGGGCGCCCGGGACAUUGUUCUCACGAAGAGCUCCGGUGUGCAGAAGCAAGACGUGAAGGCGCUGAUGCAGGAGGUUGGGACCUUGUGUUCUACGGCCGGGUAAAUUAUCAUUAUGUGUAAUACGUACAUUCUAUUAGAAAUCACAGGCAAUACAACGUGGGCCGUUGAGCUUCCAAAUUGUUUCAGAUAAGACUGUAGGAUCAUCUGGUCCAACUAGUGCUACCCGAAGGCCGAGGUAUCUCGAGACGGUAACGGUUGACCACCUCGGCCUGGGGCCGUUUCCUUUUUGAGGUGAUGCAACCUACUUAGAUCGGAUCAAAAACCCCAAUCCGAUCGGUCGUCUUCCCAGGGCACCAUUCCGAAACCCUUGUCGAGUCCCAUCCCCGCUUCAUAGAUUUUGAACUCUGACUACUGGCAGCCCCUGGGUCCAGGGACGUGCACGGACUGUUGGUCCAUCUGUUACAUGCGCCCCAGCUGGUCAUCGCGCGAAGCCAUGUCAGCAUCGCCAUCUUCACGCUCCGCACCAAAUUUCUCGUCGUCGCAACCCGUGGUGCGACGUUCAUACCAUCCAGCGGCCCCAGCCCAACGAUCACAGUGGGCAAUGUGGGUGGGGAACAUACCCCGGGAUGCGGAUCACCAUGAACUCUGGCGCUUCUUUACUCAACCGGACGGGAAUCGCACGACUCGCGGAGCUCUAAAUAACGGAGUCCAAUCGGUCUUCGUCGUGGCGCGCUCUAAUUGCGCGUUCGUCAACUACAACGCGGAGGACCAGCUGGCUGCAGCCAUCAGCCGCUUUAAUGGCCUGCCUUUGCGGUCUGCUGAACACGCCGCCGCCAUCGGAAGGACCAUGAGCGGCAAAGCCUCAAAGCCGCUUCUUUGCCGUGCUCGUAAGGAGGAGCACGACCUGUUGACCGGAGUGGGAGGUCAGCGGGGAGUUGGUCUGCACUCAAAGUGGAUCAAAGAUAAGACCCGACAUCGGACAGUCGAGGCGCCCCUCACCGUGACCUCAGGUGACGAUCCUGGUCACGACACCUGGGAUACGGUUUCCAAUGCUUCGACAUCAUCUAGCCUUCUGAGAGAGCACUUUCCGCAGCGAUUCUUCAUGCUCAAGUCGUACACGCAGGAUGAUCUGGAUAUCAGUCUUGAAACAGGACAGUGGAAUGCCCAGCAGCACAAUGCCGAGGUCCUCGAUCGUGCUUUCCGAACGUCGGAAGAAGUUAUUCUUUUCUUCAGCGUAAAUAAGAGCGGGGAAUUCUAUGGAUACGGCCGAAUGACGGGUCCGAUCACGCUCCGCACUCCUCACAUUCACACGACGGGAUCUGACGUGCCCGUGGUCACAUACAGCUCCACUCACGAGCUUCCCCCUCCGGAGACGUUUCUACCACCGGCCUUACUCGAGGAGAUCGAGGGGGAUCCAGAAUACGACUUUCCUUUGCAUUGGAUCUGUGUGGAUCGGCUCCCGUUUUCACGCACGAAACGGAUCCACAAUCCAUGGAAUCAGGACCGGGAAGUAAAGAUCUCGCGUGAUGGCACAGAGAUCGAACCUGAAUCCGGGCGAGCGGUCCUCGAGGCCUGGAGAAAUCAGAGAGCGAGUCUGCUGCAAGCAUCACACCUCAGGGUUUAACGGUUGAGAGGAUACAUGAGCCAUCUCGUUAGGCACUGUGGAUAUCCGGCACAGUUCUAGCUGCAUUUGUAGAAGGAUGCGUAUGCGAUUAAAAUGUUCAAGCUGGAUCUUGAUACGGACUAUGUACGUGGUAGAAACACAAGAAUGAUCAUCGAUAUAUAUCGGAUGUUCACGUGAAUGUCUCCGCCACGGCCACGUGAUGGGGCAACCACCCCCCAACAAUCCGACCCUCCUGCCACGAUCCACUACCCGCUAUGCACAGUCCCAUUCGCACCCAUCCUGCGGCAGUGCACAGCCCGAGUCGUCCGUCGUUUCAAGAGACGUCUGCCGAAAGUUUCGAGGCCAGCCUAAUGGCUGGAGGGUAUGGUGUCUACAAAACCUCAGAAUGGAUUCGCCAACCACAGUUUGCGGGUCAAGUCACUGCCCCAUUCCCACAUCCUGCCCCUGCCGUCCCCGGCCCCUCAUCCAAGCCACCGCCGCCGAAACUCGAGCUGCCACCGCCGCCCAUGUCUGAGAAGCAGAGACGAAAGCAGGCGCGGCUUGAUAAAUUCCGAAACGGUGGUGUGGGCGUCCCUCAGAAGCUAUAUAUCGGUCAGCUAAGGGGUAUCGGCCGGGUCAUUCUCGAUGAGACGCCGACGAACGGAUUGUAUACGGAGGUCACUGCUGCUGCAGCAGCCCGACGGCCCGCUGAAGAACGGCGGAAGCGGAAAGCUGCCGCAGAUUUUGCGAUGCGGGAAAGGGAACGCAAGGAGCGGGAUAUGGUGUACGAGGAGGUGCCGUCACAGCCGAACUGGCCAGACCACGAUUUCCCUUGGUGCCUACAGGAGAAGAGGCGACUGAUGCAUGUGGAAGAGGACAAGAAUCUAAGGUUGAGGGCGCUGGCGGAUUUUUUUUCAGGUGAUACGGAUGAUGAGGAAUUGGAGGAUGCGGUGGAGAAGAGCUUGAAGGACAGGGAUACGCCGCCGCAGCAACAGCAGCAACAGCUGCCACCGUCGCAGGAUCCUGCGCCAUUGCAGGCAUCGCUUGCCACUCAGUCGGAAUCCGCGCCUGGCGUUCUCAGUUCACAACUUGAAGACCAUGUGUCUGUGACAUUGGGACCAGCCCCCUUAGCUCAACUGCCCUUGUUGCCCAUGGACCCAUGGGCAAGCUUCCCCCCCGUUCCCAUGAUGGUGCCCCGGAUGCAGGUCCCAGGCCCGCAUUCGCUGGUCUUCACCCAGCCCAUUCUUAAUCAUCCAUUACAUGCCGCAUCGCGAUAAGUUCUUCUCCCACUUAUCUAUGCCUAUUUCAUAUAGGACUAUAUGGAUAGCGGAAUUUUUUUGUCUAGUUCGUUACAUAUAGAGAAUGCGGAAG